AUGGUGGCCCAUGUGAGUGAUUUUGGCAUCGCAAGGUUCCUUUUCGUGGCUGUUGAAGAUAACUCCACAAACAAAACCAACUCCAUUGUGGUGAAGGGAUCCAUUGGGGGGCUUUCAGAAAAUUGUAAUAGUAAUGGUCGCAUUGGAGGUGUUGAGGUUGAAAAUGCCCUGGAAAGGGACAACAUACCAAACUCGAGCAAGGAAAUGGAAGAGGCUCCUGUGUUGGUGCCAUCAGGCAAGUGUAAUUUGCGCAAAAGUUUAGCUUGGGAUAGUGUCUUCUUCACAAGUGAAGUUGCAAGUAAAACAUUCAAGAAGUCCUCGACACAUGCAUUACCUGGAAUUCAAGAAGAUCUUAGGAAAUCAGCUGAGUCAACCUCUGCAUUAUGCAGCGAUGCUUCAGCACUCGAAAGCCUUGAAAUUGAAUUGUUUAGGAUAUACGAGCCUCCGUUAUCAUCCAUCCCUGCUGUAUGUUUCAUCUUAGAGCAUGUGGUAAAUCAGUACAUUCUGAAAUUUCUGAUGAAGCCCGUCAGCAAGCCUUUGAGCUCUUCCAAGAGUCAUGGUCUUAGUAAGCAAGUGCUAGAAAACUCAAAGAAGGUUCUUGUUCGUCCACGAGCAGGUGCCACUAGAAGUGGAGACUGGAACUCUUCUUUAAAGCCACCGAAGAUUUUGCCAAGGGUGAACCCUCCCUCAACAGCAGCACCAACCAAGAAAACUUUGGCUUCUUCUGAGUGUAUCAAAAUAAGAAAUAAUACUGCGAAGGCUGCAGGAAGUGGAAGCAACUGGAAGUGUGUUGCACUUUGCCAGAAACUUGUUUUUGGUGCUACACCCACUGUGACUCCCAGUUCUAUACCUUCACCAAAAUCUUCUUCUUCAGGUUCUUCACUCCCAUCAACUCCCUCAUCGCAAAACAGAUCAGGCAGCACUAAGACCUUGAGAAAUAGAGCUGAUUCUAGAAAUGCCAAUCCAUCUUCUACCACUUCAAUUAUGAAAACCCCUCUUUGGAUCUCCAGAAAUAAAACCGAGUCCAGAAAUUCUAAUUUGAAGGCAUAUUUAAUGUCUACUUCCAAGUUCUACUUGUAUAACUUUUAUGGAGGAUAA